CGACCUCAGCAGCAACAUUUUCUCAGGAUCGCUGCCUUUGGGCUACAGCCGCCUCUCCCAGCUUUCCACCCUGGGCCUGUCAUCCAACCUUCUCUCGGGGUCGAUCCCAGAGCCGCUUAUUGCUGCGCUAACCAACAAUCCCCACCUGUGA